AUGCUGAUAAAUGGUGAAGAAUACAGUGAUGUUACCUUUAUUUUGGAAAAUAAGAAGUUUCCAGCUCACAGAGUAAUCCUGGUCGCCAGGGGUCAGUAUUUCAGAGCAUUGUUAUAUAGAGGAAUGCGGGAAUAUCAGCCUGAGGCAGAAAUCGUCCUGCAGGACACUAGUUCAGAGUCCUUCACCAUGCUAAUAACAUAAAUCUACACAUUGCAAACCACUCUUCCAGAUGAACGGGAGGAUGUCAUCCUGGAAUUUCUCCGCUUAGCUCAUAGAUAUGGCUUCCCGGAGCUCAAGGACUCCACGUCGGAACACCUUUGGAUGAUUCUCAAGAUUCAGAAAGUGUGCAUAAUCUAUUAUGUGGCCAACCUGCACUUGCUAUCCAAACUGACCAGCACCUGCUGUAUGUUUAUGGAUCGUAAUGCACAGGAUGUCAUCACCAGUGAGGGCUUCCUGUCAUUGUUAAAGGGUGCGCUCGUUUUCCAGGCUCUAAUGCAGUGGAGCAAACACAAUCCCAAGAAGAAUCAUACUGAAAUAAUGGUAGCUGUUCGCCCACCUCUAAUGAGUCUCACACAGCUCCUGAAGGUGUUGAAACUGCUUUCCCCAGACUCCAUCUUGAUGCCAUCAAAGUGUGACAUUUUAUUCGUACUAUAUUGAGGUAUCCAUGGAUGAACUGGAAUUGAUCCGUGUCGUUGAUCACUCACAGUUCCUGUGACGGUCCUGGUAGAAGCUAUAUUUCCCAGCUUGUGUCUGCAGGUAUGUUCGAAUCAUGGGACACAUAACAUAAGGUUUUCCAUUUCUUGUUGUUUUAAUGCAUGUUCACCAACCAGCCAUUUACACUGUAGAAAGGCUUAUUGGUCCCUACAGACAAUGUUGCUACCAUCUCCGAAUGUGCCAGCAUGAUCGAGGGAUCCAGCUGAUGUUGGAAUGCCUUGCUGAAUGGAGACACCAAGAAUUACGACUUGGAUUCUGGUUACAUAUGUCACCAGCUGUGCUGGGGUGCCACUGUUGCUCAGCCUUAUAUGAUCGGAUCGAUCACACAGCAAACAAAGUUUUUCACUGCGUUCAUUUUGAGAGUUCAGGACAGACUGUCACGCAGAAGGAAGAUUGUAACAAAGAAAGUACUUCCUCUAAUGAGAACCAUUACAUGCCGCAAGGUAUCCGAGCCGUGAAUGCUGACUCUUUGCAAUUAUUGACUGACCAGAACGGCCGGGCCAUAUGA